AUGAAGACUAAGAAACAGCGAAAGACUCGCAUUGACGCACCAGACGUGGCUAUGCUGGAUAGUUUAGAGUCGAAAGCUAAACAUCGAGUUAAAAACGUCAAGAAAACUCCAUCCAAAGCGUUAAAAUUGGUGCCAACUACUGACAAAAUCGCAGCAUUUAAAGAAACAAAACACUUAAAGAUUGAAACAAAAGAUCUUGGACAGGACAAGAAAAAUGAGCCGGAUGCUGAGAAAUCAACAGUACCAUUAAGCACUAGUAAGAAAAGACGUCGACGGUCAGCAGCAGAGAUUGAUCGUAAAUUUAAAUGUCCAUUUGCUGGAUGUGUGAAGGCGUACGGAUCAGAAGGGUCAUUAAUUCAUCAUCAGAAACUAAAACAUCCAGAACGAGUGGAUUUACAUGAAAAAGAUAAUCAGGUUGGUACGUUCUUAUUACCACUACACAAUACACCUCGAAAUGUGAUGAUUCGACCAGCAACACCUUUAGUGACGUUUCUUCCUGAUCAAAAGCUUUUAUUGAGCAAACAAAGCACCAAUGACAGAGAUAAUCUUGCAUCAUCGUUGGAUGUUGUACCUCCUUCAGCUAAAACACCACGAUGCAACAUGCGGUCACGUUCAGAAUCAGAUCCAGUUACAUUUAUGGAGGAACAGACAAAGCCGAGGGUCGCUAUUUCAACUGCUACGAUCAUGACAAAAUCGGGACCUAAAACUUCAUGUAAACCAUAUCGAAUUGCCACGCCAUAUGUUAAAAAAGCAGCUACUGCUACUGCGACAAGUGAUAGUUCAGCAAGUGCCCACGAGGCGAUCUUACCAAUCAGCAGCACCGGCUCCAUUGAACAUAGGUCAUUCGAGUGGCCAGCCACUUUGAUUUCAGCUUCUAGACACCACUCGGCAUCACUAUCAAGUGACGAACAAGCAAUUGACAGUGAUAUUCUAUCUGUGCUGGCGAAUUGUGAUGAAGAAGAAACGUCAUUAAUGUCAGAUUUUGGAGGAGGCCCACCUUCGACCAAUUUGUACCAGUCCGAUAGUAAUUUCGGGGAGAUGAAGGGCCGAGACAUGCUUCCAGUUGGGAUGGAGUGUUUCAAAAUUGCUGAAAAUGCAACGUUACCGACACAAGUUGCUCAAGAAUUUGUCAUGAACGAACCGGAGGCCGAACUUGGCAUGAAAGCUUUUGCUUCACUGGCCGAAGACUGCACUAAUGCUUUGGUUUUGUCGGAUCACCUGAAGAAAAUGUCGAUGGCUCAGGAAGAUACGCCGCCUCACAGCUUGGUAUCGACGUUUGGCAAGGUGGUGUCUAGUGAAGAUAUUGUGCACCGAUUUCGUUCUAUGUCAGAUCCUGUUCAUGAUGCAGAUCCCAUACUUACUGAUUUGAGUCACUUUUCGUCGGUGCAGACAGACACAUUUUCGCGAUCUGGCAAUUUCUGUACAUUGGAAUUAGCCAAGAUAGAGGAUGGUAGCAUCCAGAAGAUGCUUUGGCUGUCAGGCGCAGCUGGUGUUGCAACAGUAAGCAAUUCACAGCCGUCGUCAGAAGCGCUUGACCAAUUGCUUCAGCAUGAUGACACACUAGAAGGGAAACCAUCUGACGUAUUUGAGAAUGAAGAAGAGAUCAGCUAUGCGUUGGUUGGCCCUGGAACGACACCGACGUUGCUAUGA